GGUGGUGGCGUUGGAAAGCUCUUAGCCCCGCCUCCUUUGGGCGCCGCCCCUCCCCUCUGCGGCCGCCUCCUCCGUCGCAGCGCGCAUGCGCGGCGUGGUCGGGCAGGGCCGGCUCCCGGUUUCCCAAGCGGCUGCACCUGAGGGAGGAAUCCGGCUGGGCUCUCUCCGCCCCUCGCUCCCCCUAUGGCGGCGCCGGCGCUUCCCUCGUCGCCGCUCCGUCGCCGGCCGCUGCUGCUCGGCCAGGUGGAGGGCUCUCCGGACCACGCCGUGACCAUGGCGGCGCUGGUGCCCAAGGAGGACGGCUUCCUCAGCGUCUCGGAGGACAGGUCAGCGGGGACUCGGCGCAGGGCGGCGGGCCGAGGCGGCAGCGCUUCAUGAGGCAGCCCGUUCCAGAGGCGCCUCGGCCUGGGCUGGGAUGGCUGUCGGGGCCACGCAGAGGCGCCCCGAGGCUCCCUGGGCAAGGAGAGGGGUCAGCAUACCCGAGAGACCAUGGAUUAUGAUAAUAAUAAUAAUAAUAAUCCCUCCCGAGAGACCAUGGAUGAUAAUAAUAAUAAUAAUAAUAAUAAUAAUAAUAAUAAUUCCCUCCCGAGAGACCAUGGAUGAUAAUAAUAAUAAUAAUAAUCCCUCCCGAGAGACCAUGGAUAAUAAUAAUAAUAAUCCCUCCCGAGAGACCAUGGAUAAUAAUAAUAAUAAUCCCUCCCGAGAGACCAUGGAUAAUAAUAAUAAUAAUAAUAAUUCCCUCCCGAGAGACCAUGGAUAAUAAUAAUAAUAAUAAUAAUUCCCCCCCGAGAGACCAUGGAUAAUAAUAAUAAUGCCACCCUCCAAAGACCAUGGACAAUAAUAGUAAUGUUCCCCCCCCCCCCGCCGGGAAACCAUGGAUAAUAAUAAUAAUAUUGCCCCCCUGAAAGACCAUGGACAAUACAGUAAUAAUAAUAAUGCCCCCCCAAAAACCAUGGACAAUUAUUAUUUUUAUUAUUUAUACCCCGCCCAUCUGCUGAGGGGUCAGCAACCUAAGGCCCAUGGGCCGGAAGCAGCCACAGAGGCCCAUGAGCCACCUCUGAACUGAGGUGCCCCCUUGCGCGCUGCGCUAAACUGGCACAGCACAGUGCAGGGACUCGCUUCCAUGGUGCUGAAAAUCGCAGGUGCGCAUGCUCAGGCACAUGUGUGAUCCAGCCCAUGGAGGGAUCUCCAGGCAAGAUAAACCUUGCUGACCCCUGGGUUACAGGGAACCAGGCAGAGGGUCUUCUGUGUAGUGGUGCCCACCCUGUGGAAUGCCCUCCCAUCUGAUGUCAAGGAAUAAUAAUAAUAAUAAUAAUUUAUUAUUUGUAUCCCGCCCAUCCGGCUGAGUUUCCCCAGCCACUCUGGGCGGCUCCCAAUCGAGUGUUAAAAACAAUACAGUAUUAAAAACUUCCCUAAACAGGGCUGCCUUCAGAUGUCUUUUAAAGAGAAGAUAGCUGCUUAUUUCCUUCACAGCCCUGAAGGGUUCCACAGGGCGGGUGCCACUACCGAGAAGGCCCUCUGUCUGGUUCCCUGUAACCUCACUUCUCGCAAUGAGGGAACUGCCAGAAGGCCCUCGGUGCUGGACCUCAGUGUCUGGGCUGAACAAUGGGGGUGGAGAUGUUCCUUCAGGUAUACAGGACCUGAUGUUUGCUUUGGGUCCCCUUUGGCUCUUUGCCAGUGACCCCCCCCCCCGGGCCAUAUGAUUCGGGUCUGUUCUGCUGUAAUGGCCCCUACCAGUGGCUGGAUUCUUCCCCCGAGGAGACACUACCAUUUGGGAUGCCCCCUGCCUUUAGCACUCCGUUCUCAAGCGUUGCUUUGCUGCCCCCAUUGCAACUGUGCUGGUCCUUUGGGCAGGUGGGUUCUUAACUACUCUGAGCAAGAGGGGAGAGGCACAAUUUUUGCAGCCCCUGGUCCUGCACUGUUGGUGGGGGCCAAUGUAAACUAGGCUCUGUGGAUGGAGUGCCUGCUUUCCAUGCAGAGGGCCUCAGGUUCAGCAGCUGGUGUUGAGUGUGGGCCAAGCUCCCGUCUCCAUCCCUGGAGAGCCAUUGCUGCUGGAGACUCCAUAAAAGGUAGCUUGGUAUGUGGUGGGCAGCUCCAGAUUUAGGGUGGUUCAGGCUGUUGCCCUGCAAAGAGCGCCAAGCGAAGGGGGCACAAAAUUGAGAAGAUCCAUUUGGAUUCUGUUCUUGACUGAGCUCUUCCUUUCUUGGGUAUUUUUUUAUAUGGACUCCCAGGAAAGUUGAAAGGCUUGCAAGUUCUCCUCAGAGGUGCAACACAGAAGCAAAAAAGGGUACUGUAUUGGUUUACCUGCUUGCGUAUCUUGUCUUCCAGCACAGCAAUAAUACUCCCCCUAGAAACCUGCAGCCAAGCAGUUGGCUGGCUGGUUCAAAUCAAUAUGUGACAUUUAAUCUCACCACCUUUGCACAUUGUCUGAUGGCCUGCAUUGCUCUUCCUAGGUUGCUGAGUACUGCAGUCUCAGGAGAAGCCACAAUAGACAAACUUCCUUUCCUGCUUAACUGUUUGUUGUUGUAGUUUUGUCAGGAUCAAGUUACCAUUGCAUGUGGAUACAUAACAAGGCCCUGAUCACCUUUAAAAUGAAUGGGGAAUAAAGCUGAUUGAGAUGGGCCAGUUUAGGAAAAAGCUGCAGUGUGAGGGCUGUUUUAGCCUUUCUCUGCCUGCCACUUCUCCAUUCCUAUCUAGCCCCAACUGUUUCUCCCUCUGUGCAGUGCUGAACCCGUGUUUGUGAGGGUAGAGUGUGGAAACAAACUGGAAAUAGCUUGAGAGGGAGGAAUCUGUUAGUCAGAAGAAGGGUAUAGAGAGUGGGGGGCUUUUCCUCUUCAUUCUCUACUUAAAACAGCCCUCUUCCAACAGUGUUCUUUUAAAAUAAGUAGGAGAUGACAAAUUGUACUUUCAUGCAUCUGUUUGCAAUGUUGAUGAGACAGGCGCUUGCAAAGCCUGCUAUUCUCUGUGAGGUUUGGUCCCAUUUGCACUUUCUCCUCCAGCUCCAGCAGUCAUUGCUUCUUAAGAACUCUGUUAUACAUCCUAUUUUUUUUUGCUGAUAGGAUAAAUGUAUGUGUCAGCUAAGUGGAAACUUUGAGAUUGCAACUUGAAAUGUUGUCUGUGGUAUGGUGCAAUGCAGCUUGUCAUGUUCUCCAAAGUUCCUUGUCUCGCUGGAGCCUUCUUCCCCUGUUUCUCUGUCCGUUCUGUGCUUUUCCUCAAGUCUCACUUUCCAGCUCUUCUCACGGGUUCCUCUUUUUUCAGUCCAUUGCCUUGCUGCAUGCCUCCACCGGCCACCUUGCCUCCGGCCUCUCCACCCCUUCAUUUUACUAUCUCCUGUGAUCUCUUUCUAGUCCCCAGCUUCCCCAUAAAGCUCUGCCUCUCCCUAGGGCCUGUGUGGUGUUUUAAUCUUAGACAAAAUGACAAAGUUCUUUUUCAGACUAGAAGUUGAACUGACUGAGCAACUGUGCUCACUCAGCUGUUAGAUAAUAAUCUGUCUGGGGCUUUUCCAUCAGAAGUGUAAUACGAUAUAGUGAGUACCCCCCUUUAAUUAAAAAAAUUAUAGACAUAGUUUCUUUUUGCAUAUCACUGUCUUAGAAUCAUAGAAUCAUAGAGUUGGAAUAGACCACAAGGGCCAUCGAGUCCAACCCCCUGCCAAGCAGGAAACACCAUCAGAGCACUCCUGACAUAUGGUUGUCAAGCCUCUGCUUAAAGACCUCCAAAGAAGGAGACUCCACCACACUCCUUGGCAGCAAAUUCCACUGUCGAACAGCUCUUACUGUCAGGAAGUUCUUCCUAAUGUUUAGGUGGAAUCUUCUUUCUUGUAGUUUGGAUCCAUUGCUCCGUGUCCGCUUCUCUGGAGCAGCAGAAAACAACCUUUCUCCCUCCUCUAUGUGACAUCCUCUUAUAUAUUUGAACAUGGCUAUCAUAUCACCCCUUAACCUCCUCUUCUCCAGGCUAAACAUGCCCAGCUCUCUUAGCCGUUCCUCAUAAGGCAUUGUUUCCAGGCCUUUGACCAUUUUGGUUGCCCUCCUCUGGACACGUUCCAGUUUGUCAGUGUCCUUCUUGAACUGUGGUGCCCAGAACUGGACACAGUACUCCAGGUGAGGUCUGACCAGAGCAGAAUACAGUGGCACUAUUACUUCCCUUGAUCUAGAUGCUAUACUCCUAUUGAUGCAGCCCAGAAUUGCAUUGGCUUUUUAGCUGCCGUGUCACACUGUUGGCUCAUGUCAAGUUUGUGGUCAACCAAGACUCCUAGAUCCUUUUCACAUGUACUGCUCUCAAGCCAGGUGUCACCCAUCUUGUAUUUGUGCCUCUCAUUUUUUUUGCCCAAGUGCAAUACUUUACAUUUCUCCCUGUUAAAGUUCAUCUUGUUUGUUUUGGCCCAGUUAUCUAAUCUGUCAAGGUCGUUUUGAAGUGCAAUCCUGUCCUCUGGGGUGUUAGCCACCCCUCCCAGUUUGGUGUCAUCUGCAAAUUUGAUCAGGAUGCCCUUGAGUCCAUCAUCCAAGUCGUUGAUAAAGAUGUUGAAUAAGACCGGGCCCAAGACAGAACCUUGUGGCACCCCACUAGUCACUCUUCUCCCGGAUGAAGAGGAACCAUUGAUGGGCACCCUUUGGGUUCGGUCAGCCAGCCAGUUACAAAUCCACUGAGUGGUAGCAUAGUCAAGACCGCAUUUUACCAGCUUCUUUACAAGAAUAUCAUGGGGCACCUUGUCGAAUGCCUUGCUGAAAUCAAGGUAGGCUACAUCCACUGCGUUCCCUUCAUCUACCAGGCUUGUAAUUCUGUCAAAAAACGAGAUCAGGUUAGUCUGACAUGACUUAUUUUUCAGAAAUCCAUGCUGACUAUUGGUGAUCACAGCAUUCAUAGGUGCAUAUGGUUGCUGGCCCUGGGUUUUAGGCGUAUAAUCUAAUAUUUGAUCAUUUUCAAGUUUGUGAAAAUUUUAGGGCCUUCUUUAAUGACCUUAAGUAGCCCUGUUUGUAUUGCGGAACUUUGCUAAACUUAGGGGUAAUGAAUGCCUUUCUAUUUUUCCUUCAGCAUUACUUGCAGAAUAAAACAACCAAGGCAGAGUCAUAAAGUUUGUUUUGUCAGUUCUCUGUUGUGUGACCCCUUAAACUGGCUGCCUUGGCAUGUCACAAUAAACCAUGGUUAAUGUUUAACUUAACUUGCUCAGAGGUCCCCACUUCUACUGUCUCUGCAAGCAACAAACCAAAAUCCUUGGCUUGUCCUGUUGUCCAAACCUGGGUUCAUCACAUUUGUUAGCAUUACCCAAGUAUGGCAGUUUGCUUAGAGAAAGCAAUUGUAGACCUUGAAGAGAACACACCCCAGUAAAGGAGAUAAUAGAUAUGGAAUAGAACAAAGCUUAUUUUGCGGGUUCAAGCUCUUUAGUUCUUUCAUAGGUUUUCUGAUAAAACUUUUUAAAAAAUGUUUGUGCAAAUAAAGGACUGUAACUUCAACAUCAUCUGGUGAUUUGGUUUUCUAAAACUGUCUUGAUUCUCCACCUAUGGAACAGAUUUUGUAAAGGCAUAAUAUUAUUUUAAUUUAGUUCCUGGUUUCUUUAAAAAUAAUAAUAAUAGCAAGACUCUUCUUAUUACCAAUAGUUUUUUCCCUUCUAGAAUGUCUCAGUGAAAGAACAGAUUUGUGUUCAACUGUUGACAGUAUUAUGCUGACGUAAGCCAAAAAUGCAUAGAACAAUCAGUGUUUUCAGUAACAAAAUGAUCUCCGUAAUCACUCUUUCUCCAGAGCUGCGUGGAACUGAAUAGGUCUAUAGUUAUGAGGCAAUAUUUCUGUGUCCAGUGUAGAAUUAAAUCCUUUUAUGAGCCAAAAUAUGAUCUAAGAAGCACAGGCAAGACAGGAUGGGUGCCUCAGCCUGCGGUCUCCAUUUUGUCUGGCUUCAUGGUUACAAUAUCUAGCUUAAUUUUUCUACAUUAUGAUUAUGAUUAUGAUUAUUUUCUUUAUUGUUUCAUAAUGUUUAUACAAAGUCUGGUUGUUAAAUAAAAAGGCACCUCAAAGCUGUUUACAAAAAGUUAAAACAAGAAAAUCAAGAAAAAUUCACAACCGUACUUCAGAACAUACAAAAGUUCAAAUACUAAAACAGAUUAAAAUCACCUCAAUUAUCUAAGCUUUAUUUUUCACCCCGUGGUUCCCUACUUAGUAACAUCUUGCCAAACGAAGAGUUCUAAAAGCAUUCAAAAUGUUUGUGACUUUUCUUUUAGGCCUAAUGAAGAUACUGUUAAAUACUGGCAUUUGAGCCUCCCCAGCCUGGUGCCCUUUCAGGUGUUUUUGCCUACAAAGGUUGUUUGGGACUGAAGGGAUUGUAGUCCAAAAAAUCUGGAGGGCACCUGGUUUGGGCACGUUGUUUCAUAACCUACCAAAGCUACGCUGAGCUGGUUCCCAAGUAUGGAAUCAAAGAAUCAUAAAACUACUAUCUUAAACACUUCCCACACUAUCAGACUAACAAGAUGUUGUAAACACUCUGAAUUAUGAUAACAUCCUUUAGUACAAAAAUUACAACCAAUCUGAAUGAGAAGACUUGUUAAGCUGUAUUUCCCUCCUUUAAAAGGGUUUUCCUGCCUGCUGUAGCAAGGGUAAUGCACUGUGCUAGGUGCUGUAUGGUUUUUAAUUGUAUUUUUUAUAGAAAUGCAAAAGACCACCUGAAUGAAUUUUGCAGACUGCAAUUUGGAAAUCACAGCUAUAGAAAAAAAAUUAGGUUCAUUGGACUAACUGGCCUAGUUCCCAUCUUUGUUGAUAAGAAUUCCAAAGUUGGCAAUUAUUUUAUAAAUAAGGGUUUUUUUGGCCUUGUUAGCAAUGGUCAUUUAAAAAAGCAAGUUGGUAAUUUUAUAAAUCACAUUCAAAUUUCCCUUUGAUUGGUUGGUAGCUAGCUGAGAUAAAUACUUUAAAACUCAUAUAAUCUCUUAAUGAAAGAUGAAGGCAUAUUAUAAAAGUGUCAGAUUUGGUAAUACUGAUGAAAUGUUGCGUGCUAUUGAGCCAUCUCAUGUGCCCUGUUAAGAUAUGAAUUUGAACCCCUUCUUUGAUGUGAUUCUAAUUUUGAUCAUAGCCAACAUUCAAAAUUUGCCAUGCGCAUUUUGCUGUUGGCCACUUGCUACCAGCUGAAGGUGCCCAGGUGCCAGGAUUGCGUUUGAAGUCUCUUCAUCAGCCUAGAUCAGGCGUGUCCAACUCCCAAGAGACCGCGAUCUUGCAGUGAUCAUUAUCAUUGAGCUUUUUUGGACAUGCCUGGCCUAGAUGAACAAACUGUUCUGCACCUCCAACUUGUUCUGCAGGUUCUCCCAAUCAUCCAUAGCAGAUUUGGGGGUUCAUGGGAACUACAGGGUAAAGAAGUAGUAACUUUGCAAGAGAGGAAAUCUGUUCCAGAUACAACUCAAAUUUGUUCUGCUGUAUGCCUUUUUAAGGACACAGUAUGACUUUCUGAAACUACGGUAAUUUGGCAAAAGUAGACCUGUUGGGAAUCAGGAGCUUAGAUCCUUCAGUCCUUUCUUACCCAUAUUAUUUGGUAUCUUUUCUUUGCACCUUGAGGUUGUACUUAGCUCUCAUUUGUUUUCCUACAGUCCAGUUAUUCAAAGUACCAUAUUUUUCCAUGUAUAACACCCCCCUUCCCCGUGUAUAACACGACCCCUAUUUUUGGGGACUCAAAAUAGAGGAAAUGAGGGAAGAUUGCACAAAGAUUGCUUUUUCUAGGGGGGAUUGCCCAAAGUUGUUGAGCUUUUUUGGGGGAGCGAUUGCCAACAAUCACUCACCCGCCUGACCGCCAAUGCCAAUCACACGCAUCCACGAAGCCAAUAACCGUCUGACUGCUCGCCACCAGCAGCCGACAAUCGCACAUCUGAUUGCCACAGCAGACCUUGCCACAGCCAUCAUUCACCCCACCAAAUGCCAAUGACAAUCUCCUGCUUGCGGCAGCCACCAAUCGCAUGUCCCAUCUCAGCACUACCCGUGUAUAAGGCGACCCCAAAUUUUAAGCAUUGUUAUUUAAUUUAAAAAAAAACACCUCAUCUUAAACACAGAAAAAACGGUAUAUGUGUUCACAUGCUUAAUAAGUUAAAUAAAAAUUGCCCUGUUUUCUCUGGAAAUUGAUCUAUUGGUGUUUCAUUCUUAAAUUUCAGUAAUCCCAGAGGAUUUUAAAAAUAGAUUUGUAAUCCAGCCAAUACAAAUAUCUCAAGGUGCAUAACAAACUUUCUCCAUUUAUUAAUAGGUCCCGUUGAUGAUUAUCCGUGGGUAUGUGAAAGACUGAUGUGGCCAGGCUCAGGACAAAUUCCAAACAUUGGGUGAUUUCACUCAGUGUAGACCCAUUGAAAUUAAAGGCUCUAACUUACCGGUAUGUUUAUUUCAGUGGGUUUACUCUGAGUAGAACUUGAUUACCUUCAGUUGUGUCUUAGCUUUUUUCCAAAUCACAAUUUGCUUCCUUUUGAGAGUUACCGUAUUUUUCGCUCUAUAAGACGCACCAGACCACAAGACGCACCUAGUUUUCGGAGGAGGAAAACAAGAAAAAAAAUAUUCUGAAUCUCAGAAGCCACAACAGCAAGAGGGAUCACUGUGAAGUGAAAGCAGCGAUCCCUCUUACUGUUCUGGCUUCUGGGAUAGCUGCGCAGCCUGCAUUCGCUCCUUAAGACGCACACACAUUUCCCCUUACUUUUUAGGAGGGAAAAAGUGAGUCUUACAGAGCAAAAAAUAUGAUAACUGGUAGGCAGCGUGGAAGAUUGCUCCAUGGUGGCAUCUGUUUCCUGAAUGCUUAGGUUGUAGAAAAGUCAUUGUGCUGUAGUAAGCAGGAGGUCAGUGCCAAAACAUGGGAGGCUUUGUGAGAAAUCUGAAAAAGUUGUUAAACUAAAUUUGAUAAUAUAGCUGGCAUAAUCCACAUAAUGGGGUAGCCGGUGGGUCUCAGACCCUCUGUGCGUUAGGGACUUCCCUUGCACGCAAAGAAAGGCUCUAGCGGAUUGAGUGGAGGAGACUAAUAGUGCGUCCAUUGUUCAAGAAGGCGAGGAAAGGUAGCCCACCUAGGAGAAGGAACACUCUGAUCCUAAACCUCCACUGCCUUCUUCGUUUCCCCCCUCCUUGCUGCCUGUAUGAAAUGGGCCGGAAGGCUGGAGGCUUACCACCCAUUAUGUAGACACAGGGAGGAGCUAGGAAAGAGCAGUGGUUCCUACUGUUGACUUGGCAGGACUGACUGAGCUCUCUUGGAACCAGAUGGCAGUGUAGUGUCUAUGGUUGUUUUUGGCAUCCGUCUGUCUCGGGAGACUAUGGAAGACUCUGCGUCUGGGGUUACAACACCUGCUGUGGCUUUAGAGACAGACACGGGAGAGACAUGUUUUGUUGCAGCUGGGGCAGGUGAAAGUGUUCAUUGUGCUCCUGCAGAUGCACCAUGGCGUUUCUUCUAUCUGUGCUCCUCCCAGCAGUCAUCCCUCUGCUGGUCACUGCUGUGGAUACACAACCUUGACUGAGUGUUUCUGGAUGCUGGGGUCGUCUGCAAGGGAUUCUCAAAUGGCAGUGGUUGUUAUUGCCAGCCUUCAAGUCUUGUUUGCACCUUUGUAACACAGAGUUGGUCUGCCAACAGGUUUGGUGCCUGAAGCCAGCUCCCUGGAGAUCUCCCUUGGGGAUCCUGCCAUCUUCCGUUCUGUAGACAUGGGCAAGCCAGCGUAGACAUUGCUGAGACAGGAGUGUGAACGUGCUGGGAAUGUGGGUUUGGGAGAGCCCAUCUUUGAGACUCUGUCCUGCCAUGUGAUGCCCAAAAUCUUCCUGACACAGCAUAUGUGGCUCCUGGAAAUUGUGAAUUGCCUGUGGCUCACUUCCAUAAAGCAGCGUGCUCAACACAUAAGCCUUGUAGACCUUCAUCUUGGUAUUGGAUAUUAGCAUCACAUUCUACCAUGCCCUUCUGGAGUGGUAAGCCAUUGCCGUAGCUGGUAGGAUAGCAUCAAACAACCAGGACCAAUCUAAUUCAUGCACACGGUCAGAUAGAUGUAUAUAAAUUCAGCAAAUAAAUUAAAUAAAUAAGACGACAGCAGAAUACAGUGGUACCUCGCAAGACGAAUGCCUCGCAAGACGGAAAACUCGCAAAACGAAAGGGUUUUUGGUUUUUUGAGCUGCUUCGCAAGACGAUUUUCCUUAUGGGCUUGCUUCGCAAGACGGAAACGUCUUGCAAGUUUGUUUCCUUUUUCUUAAAACCGUUAAUACAGUUGCGACUUGACUUCGAGGAGCAACUCAUAGCACACGGUGUGGUAGCCUUUUUUGAGGUUUUUGAAGACUUUGGUGAUUUUUGAAGCUUUUCCAAAACUUUUCCGACACCGUGCUUCGCAAGACGAAAAAAACCGCAAGACGAAAAAACUCGCGGAACGAAUUAAUUUCGUCUUGCGAGGCACCACUGUAUGAAGUUGAUAUGUAUGUAGAAUGUUGUACAUAGCAGUCUGACUUGAACUGGGGUUUGAAUUUUAAAAAGAUAACUUGUUUGUUGGACUAACGGAUUCCCACCAACCCCUUGGAGUUGCCAUGCUUUGUGCUUUGUCUCUCGCCUCUCUCCCCUUGAGGUUCUGCUGAAUAAAAAGGAUCACAAUACAGUCACAAUCUAUUUUCCCUUCUGCUACAGAAACCUUUGUUUGUGAUCACAUAGACCCUAGCCUAAGUACGUUAUGCAGUUAAGUCAGUUGUACAGUUCUUUCAGAGUUUAGGGUUCAUUUGUGAAGCAGUUGGAAUAAGAAGGGCAGCUUCCCAAAAUAAAGAGGAAGAAUAAAAAAGGGAAGAGGCAGGGAGAGAGGAGUUGGAAACUAUAGCUGCUCAGACAGUGGAACAAAUAUGAAGGAAAAAAAGCUCAGCUCACAGCUGACUUAAUCCUGCGGGGAGGCAGUUCUGUGCAUCUCCUGCUAAAGGCUUUAAUUCAGACUGAAAGUGGCUCUUGGGAUUUCACUUCACUGUGUACCAGAGAGAUGCCCAGCAAUGCUUCAAAAGUGACACUUGAAAUGACAAUCCUCCUAGAAUGGCGUGGUGCACCCAGGUAUCUUGCUGUGUGCUAAAUGAGCUGGAAAUGGGUGUGCACAAGAUGUGCCUUUUCUCUCUCUUGUGGCUGCCGCAUGAAGAGAACAGGACCUUGCUUCUGGGUUCAGGAACAACAGAAUCAUCAUGAUGAGGUCCUUCUUUGGGGGAUAGGGUAGUUGACUGUGCUUCUGUUUUCGUGCUGAACUCUUGCUUGCUUUUCCUGGAUAGUUAGGAAGGAAAUUUUCAUCUUUGGAAAUCUUAAUCAUUUUUCAUUUGGACUAUCUGUAGAUAGAAAUAUAUAUUUAACAUUCUGCCAUUACAAGCCUAUCAGCUUGCCGGAUGGAAGUGUCUCCUGCCACUCUCCCUGCGUGCAGAUCUGGGGGUUGUCUUGACAGACACACCCGCAAGACAAUUUUGGGAGGCGUGCAGGGGAACGGAAGGGAGGAACCUCCAUUAUGCAAGCAGAAGCCCUUGGACAGGGCUUUUGUUGAUAGGGUUUUUUAGGUGAAUGGUGCCCUUUUUGUAUACAGUCAUACUUCAUGUUACGUUUGCUUCAGGUUGAGCGUUUUCAGGUUGCGUCCCGCGGCAACCCGGAAGUACUGGAAUGGGUUACUUCUGGGUUUCACUGCUCGCGCAUGUGCGGACGCGCAAAAUGAUGUCACACACAUGUGCAGAAGCGGCAAUUCACGAUCCACGCGCAGACGCAGGUUGCGAACGGGCCUCCGGAACAGAUCCCAUUCUCAACCAGAGGUACCACUGUAUAUAUACUAUAUACACACUGUCUGUCUAUGCAUCUAGAUACACAUAUGUGUACAUAUACAGAUUAGUAAUUUUCAAAGCAAUGGGCAUUGCAUCUGAAACUUAGUCUGGAGAAGUCUGUUGGGAACAGAUUAAGUCAGUUGUAUGACUUUUAUUCAAUCAGCCCGUGAAACCAGACUGUUAGGUAAACAAAACAAUUCCAUGAGAAUUAAUGAGUUGUGUUGAUAAGACUUGCCUCCUUCCUCCCCUUCAGCCUCUUUGUCGACCUGCCUGACAUGUGCAGAACACCUGGGAAGCUCAGUCAAUAGAGCCUCAGACUCUUAAUCUCAAGGUUGUGGGUUCGAGCCCCACGUUGGGCAAAAGGUCCCUGCAUUGCCGGGGUUGGACUAGACAGCCCUCGUGGUCCCUUCCAGCUCUACAGUUCUCUGAUUUUAAAUACACAUUUGUUGCAUGCAUGUGUUAUGCUUUUUAGAUGCUCAUGUAAAAUACUUUGCAUGGACACUCUUCUAAAAAUAUGUGCAAGAAGGCAACCAGAGAACUGUGCUGUUUUGCUUCAGAACAGGGCCUGAUAAUAUCUAUUGACUACAUAGCUUGCAGGUAUCUUGAUUUUACUAGACUCCUGUGUCAAAGCCAGGGCAUGCUUUGGAGAAUGCAUUUCCUAUUUUCUUAUGACCUUCCUCCUCUAAAAAUAAUUCACCUUUUAAGUCUUUCCUGGUCUGCCCCUGGAUUAGUCAGAGGUUUGGCUAAUAAAAAUCCCUUCUGCUAAUGUUCUUGCUGUACUUGAUUUGCUCUUUAGGUAGUCUCUGAAUGGUACUGUUGAAAAGCUGCCUGGUGUAAUUAAAAGUUUCUGCAUAAGCCAGUGUCAUUUCUGCUGCUGACUGUGUUGACACCUCGGGAACCCUUUCUGCCUGAUCUUGCACUAAAGGGAUUGGGUGGUAGUGGCUUCCUUGAGUUGGACUCCAGUUCUUAAACUUAUUGGAUUCCGCUCCCUCUUGUUUACUAAGUUUUAAGCAAACCAUGGUUCAGAAAGGGUUCUGCAUUGGCACAUAACACCUGGCCACAGUUAGAACAAACCAAGGUUUUUAAGUCAACACAAACAUGACUUCAGAUUGGCUUGGCUUGCAUGUAACACUAAGCCAAAGAUGGCUUAAUGUGAAUGUGCAAACAUGCUGGUGGUACAUGGAAAAUAGUGGCCGCUUUGCUACUUCUCUUUCUGCUUUGUUGCUCUAGUGGGAGAUAAACCAUGGUUUGGCUUGAUGUUACAACUGAACUUGGCCUUGUGAUUUGUUUCACUGCAAACAAACCGCAAGCUGUAACCAAGGUUUUUUUUCAUGGCUUACCAAACACCAUUAAGCCAUUAGGUGGAGUUUGGACAAUUAAACAAACUACAGUUAAUUUCUGUGCACUGCUCUUGUUCACCAGAAGUGGCUUAGUCAUGCUGGCCACAUGACCUGGAAGCUGUAUGCCGGCUCCCUCGGCCAAUAAAGUGAGAUGAGCACCACAGUCUGGGCUAAAACACUGUUUACCCAUGCUGUGUUGUAGGUAAAAGAAAACCUUGACUAGAGUUGGAAGAGAUACUGCAGUUUUCUGCAAGCUAUUGGGAGCAGAGCAGGAUUUGAGAGUUCUUGAUUGCUCAGUAGUAUUGCAUCAAGCUUUCUGUUUACUGAUGGUCUAGCUGCUGUGAAUAAAACAUUAGCCCUGGGCUGAACUGUUGUGUUAUAAAGGCUGAAAAGAAUUCAAAGCUUGUGAUUGUGUUGGUGAUAAGAAGGAAUAAGGAGGGAUAUUUAAGUUGUAUCUGUCUACACACACACACACACACACACACACACACACACAAAAAAAAACACAAUUGCUAGUGCAUGAAUUGGCUUUUGCAUUGCAAUAAUCUAAACUUUACCAGAGGUACACAUGUUAUGUAAGAACAUGUAACAUGAGGGCAAAAGAGAAAGGAAUAAAAGAUGACAAUCUCAUCGGCGUGGAUGGCAGAAAUGUAGAAACUGAUGACGGCUGGAGCUGAUUCACCACACAAAUAAGAUAUUUGGGGGUCAGUUGUGCUUAUUUCAAACUAAUUAGCUGGCAUCUGCCGGGGAUUACACUUUUGAUUAAGUUUGUAAAGUCUUUCUGGUUUUAUAGUCUUAGCUGUGGAUGCUAUCUUGUAUCUCUGAGAGAAGUAUUUAAGAGAUUAGCAACUGGCUGAUCCUCGUAAAACAGUGUGUCAGCAGUUAAUGUUUUUAUGGCAGAUUUCUGUGCACAUAAUAGUUUGGUCAUCUGGAGAGAGAAGUUAUUCAGAUAUUAGUAUCAUAGAUAAGAGUGCAAAAAUGACCGUAAUAAAUUCCAACAAAAAUUUAAGUCAUUUGCAACGUUAGAGCAAUCUGAUGGAGGCUCCUUCAGAGCAGAUUUGGGGAGGGAACUGCAGCGAGCAGCAUUCAAAAUUCACCAAGUGCAUUUUGCACUUGGCUAUCAGUCACUUAGGGACGUGGGUGGCUCUGUGGGUUAAACCACAGAGGCUAGGACUUGCCGAUCAGAAGGUUGCCAGUUCAAAUCCCUGUGACGGGGUGAGCUCCCGUUGCUCGGUCCCUGCUCCUGCCAACCUAGCAGUUCGAAAGCACGUCAAAGUGCAAGUAGAUAAAUAGGUAGACUUUACAAAGACUUCGGCGGGAAGGUAAACGGCGUUUCCGUGCGCUGCUCUGGUUCGCCAGAAGCGGCUUAGUCAUGCUGGCCACAUGACCCGGAAGCUGUACGCCAGCUUCCUCGGCCAAUAAAAUGAGAUGAGCGCCGCAGCCCCAGAGUCAGCCACGACUGGACCUAAUGGUCAGGGGUCCCUUUACCUUUUUAUCAGUCACUUGCAACCAAGUGAAGAUGCCUGGGUGCCAGGAUGGUGCCUGACAUCUCCAUUAUCGGGAGGUGCAUGCUUGGGUCUUGACUGUUUUCACACACUAGCAACACAUUCUGUAGAAUUAUGUCUGUUAUAUUUUAUCUGCACAACCAGAAUGAAUUUCAGGAACCAAAAAGUCAUAUUGAAAAAUACAGCUUUUCAAGCCGUCUGACCCAAAAAUGGCAACUAGGCAUUCCCUUUUGGUGACUGCAACCCUGGUUUAAGGAGCCAUUUGGCUCCCAGCUUAUAUACCUGAGUUUCUAACACUGGCAGACAGGAAAGGAAUAAGUCCUAUCACUUCAGCUCACACAGCAUUUGUUACUUGUCCCAUUCGCGCUGCUCACAUUUCUAGUAAAAUAUUGUACAUGCAUGCCUUGAUCAUUUUCUAUCCAAAUUAUGGAAACAUGUUUGGAAACAGCGGCUGGUGCAAAAUGCUGCAGCCAAAUUUAUGUUGGUCUUAGACCAACUGUACUGUCUUCCAGUUAGUUUUCUGGGCUCAAUUCAAGGUGCUUCUUUCCUACCCUUAAGGCCUCUAAGUGUGUGUCAAAUAAUUAUUUGCAGUGUAUACAACAAAAAAAACAAGAAACAGUAACAAUGAGCUAAUCUGCUGGGAAGGCCAUAGAGAUGCAUUACUCCAAAAUGGGUGUGUGUUGUUUGUUUAAACCAUAAUGUUGUUUUGAGUAUGAGAAAACAAGAUGAAAAUCUGUCAUCCUUUCACAUCUUGGGUUUCUUCCUUGGCAACAACACCACAGAUACCUCCGUAGAACGUUUCAUAUUUCCUCCCUAUAACUACUUUUUAGUGUAAGCGAGGGUUGAGUAGUAACAACAGCGAGAACUACAGAUGACAGCAAAGUCAUGGCCUCUGGGAAAAGUGAUUUGCUUGUAAUAUUCGGCUUGGUGCUCAUUCGGCUGACAAUAUUUUUGAACUUCGUAGGACCAAACAAAAUUUGCAUUUUUGUUUUGCAUCUACAACUGGUUGAGAACUCUUGCAAACACACAAAAGAGAAGUACGGACUCUUCCUAAUGGUGCGUCAAUAUGGAAAUGUCCAGAAAUGGUGCCAGUUGGGUUCAGUGGUGGUUCUUUCUGCCCUCUGCUUCAGCUGCUCAUAGAAGACCAUUCCAGAAGGGGAGGCGCCAGUGGGUGGCAUGUUAAGUGUGGGAUUGAAGUGCUUUUGUGAGAGAAUGUUGCAAUAUGUGAAAUGGCCCUUAAAUGCUGUAACUAAAACUCUAUUGCUUUUCUUGUAUCCUCCCCAUGGGAAAAUGAGUUAAUAUUAGGGGUAUCCAGAAUUUUCCAGAAAACCAGUACAGUCAUACCUUGGGUUACAGACGCUUCAGGUUGCGUGUUUUUGGGUUGCAGACCGCCAAAACCUGAAAGUACCGGAAUGGGUUACUUCCGGGUUUCAGCGGCCGCACAUGCGCAGAAGCACCAAAUCUUGCUUUGCGCAUGCGCAGACGCACCAAAUCGCAACCCACCCAUGCACAGACACGGCGCUACGGGUUGCAGACGCUGUGGGUUGCGAACGUGCAUCCUGCAGAGAUCACGUUUGCAACCCGAGCGUCCACUGUAUAAGUUGCUUUUUUAAAAAAGAUUCAGGAAAUAAGUGGCAAGAUAAGACUGUUUGAUGCAGUUGCUUAUGGCUUACCAAGCUACUUUUCCAUAUCCGUUAUAUGAAGGCAUGGGACCCAUUGGGGUUAAUGUCGGUAUUCCAUGUUGGGGUUAAUCCUUAAUGGCUGGCGAGGCUUCCAAGUCCAGUUAGCCAAAUCCUCAGCUAGCACUUGUGUCCAUUUUUUGAAUGAGAACCACUAAUGAUGGGGAAAUGCUAAAGAUUCUUCCUCCCUUUCUUUUACAGAACUGUUCGUGUGUGGCUGAAGAGAGACAGUGGUCAGUAUUGGCCUAGCAUAUACCAUCCACUGCCUUGUAAGUAUUUGCAACCUUUAGUCCAUUUUAAUUCUCAGUUUUCAGCACCACUCCCAUCAAUAAUUAGCUGUUGGGAACACAGUGUGGAUCUUCCAUAAUUCUGAUGGCAAUUAAAUAUGUUGAACUUUCAAAAUAAAAAGUAUUCUGGUGUUUGACAAAUAUAAUCAAUGUGACACUUGUGUUCUUGGACUCCACUUUCUGUCUGUGUCCAUUCACUAUUGGCUGAGGCUGAUGGGAGCAACAUGUGGAGGGCAUCCUAUAGGCUACCCUGACCUAUGAUGUUCCUAUAGCAUUGAAUAGCCUUCCGUUUUGAGAUUCCCUAAGACAUGAAAAAGAAAACAUUGAUAGGAAGAAAGUUAACUUAAAUAUGUGUAGUACUUCAGGCGGUGUGUUAACUUAAAAUCAAAAGCUCAGCUUAAUUGUUAGCAAGAUGCAUUUUCUGUGUCACUAUUAAAAUAAAUACAGCAGAACCAAAAUUAGUUUAAAAACCAGAAUUGAUUAUCUCUCAGCUUCACCAUUUUUCACCAUUGAUCAAAAUCAGCUUCUUCCAGGCAACAUAGGCUUUAAUCAGGCUUUUUAAAAAGUCCUGUUCUCCAAAAGUGAGCUGAAGGAUAUUUUGAACUUUAUAUAAUUAGGGUAUAUUUAUCUAGCAUUCGAAAGAAGCAGGCUAUCAAAUUGUAAUGCAAGAGCCAGAACUGAUACACAGGAGUAUAUUCAUGUAUCUACUGAAACAAGAAUAAAGAUCGCAGAAGUAGAACCUUGUCAGAACAUAAUGUUGCAAGGAUGCCGUUUGGAAGCCAAAGCAGCACAGAACUAGGAAGUGUUUGGGGGAUUUAUAAUCAAAGCUGUGCAGAAGAGCAUGAAAAUGUUGUGAAUUCAGUUACCGCAUUUUUCGCUCUAUAGGACGCACUUUUUCCCCUUCAAAAAUGAAGGGGAAAUGUGUGUGCGUCCUAUGGAGUGAAGACGCCAUAGCCCCGCGACCCUCUCCCGGCUGGAGAGGUGACGCGCGGCUAUGGCAGGAGCCUCUCCGCUGCGCCUUUCCGCUGCUCCCUGACCUGCUCUUUGGGGCUGGUGGUGGGCUUCCCCCCGCCAGCCCUCAAGAGCUAGGUCGAGGAACCUGAAGCCUGGAGAGCGAGAGGGGCCGGUGCACACCGACCCCUCUUGCUCUCCAGGCUUCAAGGUAGCCACCUGAACGCACCUUAAACGACACCUUGUUUUAGAGCGGGAAAACAAGAGGGGGAAAGUUCUCCCCCUCUCUGCGCAGCGCCUCCUGCCGCUUCGCUGAAGGGGCGCUGGGCAGAGAGGGGGAGAUUUUUUUUUUCUUGUUCUCCCCCCUCUAAAACAAAGUGCGUCCUAUGGUGCAAAAAAUACGGUAUAUUUCUUAUCCAGUGGGGAAGCAACCAUGUGUACUUAUGGGAGGAGCAGUAGACUAAUCCACACCUGGUUGCCUCAUAGCUGAUUUGAGGAGCUGAAAUAUAGCACAGCUUUGUCCUGGGCGUUGGACAGCACAUUCAUCCCAAGCUUGCCAUGUGCUUCCUGUUCCGAAACUUUAAUCCCCAGUUCAUGCUUCCUAGAGCUGAGAACCUGGAGACACUGAGUAUCAUAGAACUGUAGAGUUGGAAGGGACCACGAGAGUCAUAUUGUUCAACCCCCUGCAAUGCAGGAAUCUUUAGCCCAAUGGGACUUGAACCACAACCCUGCAAUUAAGAGUCUCAUGCUCUGCCCACUGAGGUAUCCCAGCUUGCCCCCUCUGAAAGCCUUGCUCCCCAAAAGUGCAUUUAAAAGGUUCACCAGCAACAGGUGACAUGCACUAGAUUCCUAUCUUCCCAUCCCUGUCUCCCACACUGUCAUAAAGCUGCCUUGAUUGUCCUUUGACAUUUGUGAGCAAUAACACUAAAGGUCUUAAGUUCAACAAUAUGUUCAUUUUCAGCUCCGUGUUCGUGCAUGUGCAUUAAUCCAGAAACAAGGAGGCUGUCUGUCGGUCUAGAUAACGGUACAAUCUCAGUAAGUACACGUGAUAAGAUUUCUAGUUAAGAUGUGCCCCCAUCCACUCCCAAAUCCAGGCCUCUGUGUUCCGAGAAUUCCUUUUUGAGCGUUUAAUUAAAUGGCAGGUGAAUGGAGCUGAAAUCUACGGUACAGGAAAUGGCACGUUGCAAGCAAAUUUUAUUCCUGCAUUCAGUAGCACUCUCAUUACUAGGGGGCUUGGAUCCCAUGGACACCAUUUUUAUAAUCAUGAGUAAAACAUUUAAAUAUUAAUUUAUUUUAUUUAUUAAAUUUGUGUACUGUCCUGCAUCUGAAGAUCACAAGGUGGUUUACAGUAUAUCAAAGGUGGUGUUCUGAGAAAACUCCUGAUUUUUCCUACUUUAUUUACUAGGUACAUGGAUCUGUACGGUGCCAAGAGUUCAGAGAUAGGUUUGUGCAAAGAAUUAGAAGCCUGCCCCGUGGACGGAAAUUCCUAGCUGUAGCACGUUUCAGUAAUGCUGGUUUUCAAAGGCGCUGUUAAGGGCUGGAGAUCUGCGUUGUCUUGCCAGGGUUAGGAAUGUUCAUCUGUUGCCAUCCUUCCUGUUGCACAAAUCUGAGGGCCAGUAAUGUGGGUUUUUGGAAAUUAAUCCUAUGCAGAUUAGGGCAAUAUGCAUAGGAUAAUUUACACCAUAAAACUUGCUGGUGCCCUAGAUGACGGAUGGGAAGCCUUUGGCAAUCCAGAUGUUUCCAAAAUACUUCUCCCAUGAACCCCAGCCAGCUUGGCUAAAUAGGAACAUCUGGUUGGCCAGAGAUUCCCCACCCCAGCCCUAGAGAGUGAUCUAAUUUAGUGUGUCUAUUUUACUAGCUUUUAAUAAGCAAAACUGAAUGGUGAAAUAGCUAAGCUUGCCUAAUGCAGUAUUUGCAGUUUGCAUCAAUUCAUUGUUACUAAUGAACUUGUGAAACGGAAAUCUUUCCAUGGGAAAAAAUUAAGCACUAGACAUCACUGCUGAAGGGCACCUUUUUCUCCUCAUCUUGAGGCUGGUAGUGCUGGCUGUCCUUUUGUUCAUAGGCUACUUUCAGUUGGGAAUCUCAAAAUAUAUCCCGAAGGCGCAGUGUAGCUUCUUCCCUUUUUCUUUCCAUUCCCCCUUCCCUAAGGCCCCUGUAGCUGCCUCUGUCCUUUUGCUUGUGUGAGGCAGACUACACUGAGCUAGAGGAAAACAGAAAUGACCUCCUGAUCUAUUUUGCCACAGUCCUCGCAAAUAAUGAGGCAUUUAGCAGUACUUGCAAACACCAGAGGAAUAGUGAAGAGAGAUCUGGGCAAUGAAGGACCAGCUCCAAAAACAUUGGAUUGGUCUGAAUUCAAAUCAGCCAGGUCUCUUGUAUUAGAGGCUUUCACCCUGCCUUUAAAGUCACCGAAUUUACAACAUGGCUUUCAGCAAACCGAUAGAACGGUUCCACAAACGCCACAUUGAUAUUAAAACGUGAGAUAAAAUGGGAAAGAAUGGGAGCCAAGCAAAAAAGGACAUAAAAUGUGGUAUCACUUCAAAGCUGAUAUUAAAAAAGCUCUUUUUAAAGUCCAGGAAAAUGACUGUUUUAACUUGUCUGUUGUGGAUUCCACCCAGUUCAGAGACUCAUCCCUUGGAGUCAUCUUCCCGAUACUCUUUCUUUUGGGGAGGGGUGUGGAUUUACUAUUAAUUAUCCUAUUGCUUGAAGCAUAACUCAGCACUAAUAAAAAACCAAGAUAUUCCCUGCUGGCAGGUUUAUACUCUAAAAUGUUUAACAAAACAGGAGAGAAGGGGAAAACAAGGCAACUAGGCACCAGUUCCUCAAGUCCCUGCUAUCCCAUGUUUCCCAUCCCUCUUUUUCUGCUGCAGGUAGAUGAUAGUUGAUGACUUUCAUACAGGGGUUAGAUGGUCCACUUUCCAAAAUGGAAACCUUUAUACAGGGAAGUACAGAGCAAACUAGCUUGGUCCCUGGAAGAAUUUGCACAGUAUUUGAUCAUUGGAGCAGCAACUUGCUGUUGGACUUACUCAUUUGACUUUCUUGACCUGAGAUGAUACUAGAGCAGAUAUUAAACAGCAAACCCGUAAGCACCUAGAAGAAAGGAAGUGUUUAUUAGCAGUCAGCAUGGUUUUAUGCCAGCACAGCUCUUUUGAUCGCAAUUGGCAGAGUAAACAGAAGGAAAAUAUUACUGGAUUUCAGAAAGGCUUUUGAGGCAAUUCAAAUAUUUUGAAUGAUACCUCAUGGUAUCUAGCUCAUGGAACAUGAGAUAGAAGGAACUACUGUAAAAUGGGUAUUCGACAUAUGAAAUGUAGCAGUAAAAUAUCAUGGUGGGGAGACUGUCCAGUGACAAUACAAAAACAUUAUCGUAUAACCAUAAUCAAAUCACAUUAUUGUUAGGGGGGGAAACCUGGUCUUAUACACGGGAAAAUACGGUAUAUUCGAGUCGCUUUUUAAUUUAAGCCAGGCUUCAUCAUAUGUACUGUAUAAUAGAUCAUUUUCUGUAAUUGGAACCUUUUAUUCUCUUCUAAUCCUGAACAAUUUGUGCACUCCCAAGAGAGGGUGGGAUUCUCCUGUGAUUUUUUUAAAGAAUGUUUCCCGUCUCCCCUUAAGUCAGUGUGUUGCUGAAUCUUCACAGCAUUACAAAGCUGUGUUGUCUUUGGCAUGUAAGAGUCCAAAAAUCAAGGCCAUUAGAGUCUUGCCUUUCUUGAGGCCUGGCUGUUGUGCAAAGGAGUCGCCCGAAGUGGAGGGAAGGAACCUCCAUUUUCCUUCCUAAGCUGCAGAGAGGAAGUGGAAUGGAUAACAGAAAUGAAACUGCCAGCAGGGAAUUGACCGUAGGAUAUCAUAAGAUCAAUAAGCAUAUUUGAGUGAGGUCAGAGUUGGAUAUUGAUCUGUACUGGUAGUAUAGUCAGCAAAGCCUGGGUUCUGUUUUAUUGACAAGUUUCCAGUGAUUGCUAUGAGUAGCUUUUUUUCUUUUUUCACAAGGCUUAUUGCUGUUAAACACUGGGAUCAUCUGGGUUACCAUGCGGGGGUUUGUAUGGCAAUUCAAAAUUAUAAAUAUUUGCAAACGAACAGAACACAAAGGGCAAAGCUGGAUUUCUGAUUUUUUUUUCAUUCGUGGAUUAUGAAUAGAAAGUAUGUGAUCAAGUUGCUGGAGAACUGGGUUCUUUAAUAUUGUCAAAUUGCAGCCGUAAUGCCUGACUGGGCUCCAGAGGAAGCUAUGCAUGUGAGAAAGAUGAGCAUUUAGCUUUGCUUGUUGCGUGAAACAGCGAAAACCUCAAGCAAAGCUCUGGGCAGGGGUGCAGUUCUACCCAGGCUGAUCUCUCCUCAAGAUGAGCGGGUCUAAGUCUCCCUUAGAUUCCACGUAAUAAUGGUUGCUGUUAUUUUGUCUUAAAGCCAUUGGGUUAAAAAAACAAAACAAACUUGGGUGAAAUUUACAGAUUUUCAGUUUCUCCUCAUGACUUUGUGCUUCUUGUUGUUUAGUCGUUUAGUCAUGUCCGACUCUUCGUGACCAGAGCACGCCAGGCACUCCUGUCUUCCACUGCCUCCCGCAGUUUGGUCAAACUCAUGCUGGUAGCUUCAAGAACACUGUCCAGCCAUCUCGUCCUCUGUCGUCCCCUUCUCCUUGUGCCCUCCAUCUUUCCCAACAUCAGGGUCCUUUCCAGGGAGUCUUCUCUUCUCAGGAGGUGGCCAAAGUAUUGGGGCCUCAGCUUCAGGAUCUGUCCUUCCAGUGAGCACUCAGGGCUGAUUUCCUUAAGAAUGGAGAGGUUUGAUCUUCUUGCAGUCCAUGGGACUCUCAAGAGUCUCCUCCAGCACCAUAAUUCAAAAGCAUCAAUCCUUUGGUGAUCAGCCUUCUUUAUGGUCCAGCUCUCACUUCCAUACAUCACUACUGGGAAAACCAUAGCUUUAACUAUACGGACCUUUGUUGCCAAAGUGAUGUCUCUGCUUUUUAAGAUGCUGUCUAGGUUUGUCAUUGCUUUUCUCCCAAGAAGCAGGCGUCUUUUAAUUUCGUGGCUGCUGUCACCAUCUGCAGUGAUCAUGGAGCCCAAGAAAGUAAAAUCUCUCACUGCCUCCAUUUCUUCCCCUUCAAUUUGCCAGGAGGUGAUGGGACCUGGCAAACAGAAGGGGAAGAAAUGGAGGCAGUGCUGCCUUCAUGUAAAUUUGUCAUCUUUUUGAGAUCUGUGCUAAGCCGGGUUUCUGAGAUACCCACAUUUACCUUUCUUAUUGAGUACUUUAUAGAAUAAAAAAAUUGGGAUAGGAUUUUGGUGGUGGUAACGAUGCUUUUCCUGUCAUUGCUGGCAUCCCCUCGUUUUGUCCUCGCUAUUUAGUUCCUCGUUUGAUUUCUUCCUCAAAGCUGCCUUGCACAACUUUCCCUUCUGCUUCUUAAUCUAAAUCACAUGCCUGCCUAAAGACACAGAUGCUUGGUGUGAACGAACAGUACUCAUGAGUCUCGUUGUCAGUAUUGUGAAACGGUAACAUCAGUGUGGCAUAGAAGUCUCGCUUCCUUGGGCUCAAAGGAGCCAGUUCACUUUCACCCAAGUGUUAGCUUCCUGUUGAAUUAGAAUGAGACACGAGUAAUGAGCACUAUUUCCUUGGCAAUAGUUCUUUGCACAUGUAUAUGUUUGUCUUGCCAGUUGGGGGGCUGUUAUAAUCAGACACAAGGUUCUGGAUAUCUGACUGACUUACCAUCGGGGAAAAAAAGAACCAGUGCCUGCCAGUGCAAAUUAUUUCCCUGUUCAUUUGUAUAUUUAACUGUUGUGUAAGCAAUCUUUUAAAAGACAAUUUUACUUUUAAAAGACAACUGAAGGCAGCCCUGUUUAGUGAAGUUUGUAAUGUUUAAUGUUGUGUUGUUUUUAAUAUUCGGUUGGAAACAGCCCAGAGUGGCUGGGGAAACCCAGCCAGAUGGGUGGGGUAUAAAUAAUAAAUUAUUAUUAUUAUUAUUAUUAUUAUUAUCAUCAUCAUCAUCAUCAUCUUGCAUGAGUUCUAUGAAGGCAGCCUAUGAAUAUUUCCUGUAAGAAAAUAAAAUAAAAUAAAUAAAAUAAAAUAAAAUAAAAUAAAAUGGUUCCAUAUACCUGACAAAAAGGGGAGCAGGGAGAAGCAGAAACUGAAUCUGAGGGUGGCUCUCUUGGUGUGUUCUCCGUGGAAAUAGGAAUUUCCUUCCGCAGCUAGUAAACACGCACACUGCUUCUAGCCCAUUGCUGUAGUGCAUCUCUGCUGUUGGAGGAUGGAGUAAGGAGGGACUGCUGUAUGCCCACAAGUGUAUUGAGGAAAGCAAAGAUAUGCAAGCCAUUCUGUGGACUUUCCGCAGCUAUCCCCAGAGUGUGAAGAGGCCGAGAAGACAGACCAGGGAUAUAGGUUCCAUGUGAUACCAUACACAGCUCUUCUGUAUUGCUAACUGGGCAGAUGGAGUUGAUGAGCUUAACUUUCCACAUGUUGAUCUAAAAAGAUGCGACUCCAGUCCAGAGCAAUGAACAAAGUGAUAAAUUCUUGGAUUUUAACAAGAAACAUUACAUUGCAAACUACUCUGUAGAUAUCUACUUCGUACUUCACAUUCUAAAGUGGCUACUUUGUUAUUUUCCAGGAAUUUAUUUUAUCAGAAGAUUACAACAAGAUGACUCCACUUAAAAGUUACCAGGGUAAGAGAUGCAAUCCUACUUGUAGAAGGAAAAAAAAAAAGAGGUUUACUUUGCUCUUAUCUUGCCUCGUAGGCCUUCAAAACGAGAAACCACGUAGGCUUAUGGAUAUUUAGAUCAGCUCUUUUUAAAGUUCCAGCAGGCCUGAGACUGUUUCCUGGGAAAGUUUAGAAUGGUUUUGCAAACAAGCCAAAACAUCUCCAAAACGUUUAAUCUGUUCUGUCCUCUUCACUGUUAGAUUAUGGAUUAUGAAGUAAUAGUUUGGCUGCUAUUGUGUUUAUUUUUUUGAAAUGAAUUCAUUUUUUUAAAAAGAGAACUUGAUCAUUUUUCAAGUAUGCACUUUGAAAAUAUCAAGUGAGUUUGAAAUGAGUUGUAUACUUCCCAGACCUAUUGCUUUUGUGUGAAAACAUAGUAUAGUAACAAAACCACCACAUUCAGGUAGGUAGCCGUGUUGGUCUGAUGCAGUCGAAAUAAAUUAAAAAAUUAAAAAAUUGUCCAAUACCACAUUAGAGACCAACUAGGUUUGUUCUGGGUAUAAGCUUUCAUGUCCAUGCACACUUCUUCAGAUACCACAUGGUUGCAGAAGAUGAGAUUCAGAGGCCAAAUGAAGGGGCAGUUUGCUGUGUAUGGAUCAGAAUGAUCACCCACACCUCAAAACACUGUCAGGAGAAUCACAGGGACAGAGUGAAAGGCAUUUAAAGAAUGACAUUACAUUUCUAUGCAUCUCAUUUAUUGUUCUGUUCCGUGUUUUGUCGCUUACAAAGCGAAAUCAGCUCAGCCUCUUCCCUAUGUGUGGCAUCUUUCAGGCCCCCAGAUCCAUAGCAAAUCCCUUAGGAAUUGCUGAACUCUUUUUUAAAUAGAGCAGGAAAUAGUUCUGGAAGCUUUGUGCACUUCAAAAAGGCAGCCUUGUGCAUUGGACUCCACAAAGAACAUGUAACCUCAAUGAUAGUUAAAUCUGUAGUUCUCAAAGCUAUAAGGUGAUCAUUUAUAUUUAAGGUCUCCUAGAGCUGCUCAGCUCUGGCCUCUUUAAAAAAAAGCACUGCUUUCAUCAUAAUUUUAUACCUGUUUGGUCUGUACACUGUGCUUGCAGUUUGCAUUUGGUUUUUCAAAGCCUGUGGAGGUGUUUAAUAAACAUAUUGUUACAACUGUGGGAAGCCAGUUUUCUCACCAAAGCCAAUUUCUCACCACAUCCUUUAGUUCUCUCCAGCCUUCUCUGUAUCCUCCCCAGAGUACUUAAGCCGUGCUCUGGCUUCUUCAUGCUGCAGCUGCCACAGUUCUCCUGCUUGCGCUCUCUUGUGCUCAGCGGCGCACACAUUUCUAACAUUUUUGGUCAACAUUUGUUGGUUUGCAAGCCCCCUCCAUAGAGGCUGGCCCCUCUCACUGUCCUCGGAGCUUGCUUACCGGUAACCUCCUCUGGCUGACAUCCAGACAGACCAGGGACAUUUUCCCAAGCGUGGGGAAAUGCACACCCCCUCCUCCUGCUUCCGCAGGGGGGAAAAAAGUAGUCAGAAAUCUAUUUACAUGAUGUUUAUUUCUGACAUUACAGCACUACAGAAAAACACGUCUUGUCAGUUCAGUUCUUCCAGCACGUCUGACAAACUUCCUGUACAUGCGCACACGGAAGGUUUCAAAUUACACUCUUCACAGAGACUUUUCCAGCCUGUGAACGUCCUGGGAAAUUCUUCUUUCAUACAGAUAGGCGCAUCAUGUGAUGUCAACAAUCUGGCUGUCUGCAGCUGUGAUGCUUCCAUAUACUGACAAAAGCACCAGCAUUUGGGAAUCCAAAAGCAUGGUGUUUCGAAACAGUGGUUUCUUUAACAAAAGCCGUCUUGAAUAGCAUUGUGUGACAUGGAGCUGAUGAGAGGAAGAAGGCUAAUCAGCACUCUAAUUCAUUUUUCAGUUGUUAUUACCAUAUUGUGUACAUUGCCCUAAGGCAUAUAUGUAGAAGGUGGUUAAUAAAUAACAGCAAUAAUAAAUAACAUAAUUGGAUUGAACAGAUGAUUGUUUGUUUGAGUAAAUCCCCCACCCCCUGCCCCCAGCUUUUAAUGGGGAGGAUGCAAAUAAAAUGGCUAACUGUGCUGUGGUGGACCCAGAAAAAACAACAACCACAAAAUUGAUGAUGUAGCAAUUCUGGAAUCUUAAAUGUGGUAUGAAUUAAUUGCAUGUGGUAGUGAUUGCAGAGGCUUCUGUUCCCUUUGUUCCCUAUUGGUGUUGAACAGGGGUAGGGAACCUGUGGCCUUCCAGAUGUUGCUGGGCUGCGGUCCCAUCAUCCAACAUCUGGAGAACCUCAGGUCUCUCUCCCCUGGUGAAAGAACUAUGGUCACUGAAAGCAGGAAUGGCUCACACUGGCAUUUUGCUGCCUCGUCUUUUGGUCAGUUGUGUUUUUCUGACAUCCAAAACACCGCAUUUAAUUGCAGUACAUUUUUAGGGCGGUGUACUCUGUUCAGCCAGGUAUUAUUUCUCCCCCCACCCCAAACAUGCAGAAGCCCACCAACACUUUGCUUCUCUCUAGCUGAAUGAUGCUUACACCAGGCCUGAUCCUCCCACCCCAUUUUAAUGACAUUAAAAAAUACAUGGAAAUAGCAGAGAUUAGGGUAGCAUGGAAGAAAUAUGAAUAGCACAGGUGGCACUGUGGUCUAAACCACAGAGCCUAGGACUUGCCGAUCAGAAGGUCGGUGGUUCGAAGCCCCGCAACGGGGUGAGCUCCUGUUGCUCGGUCCCAGCUGCUGCCAACCUAGCAGGUCGAAAGCAUGUCAGAGUGCAAGUAGAUAAAUAGGUACCGCUCCGGCGGGAAGGUAAACGUGUUUCCGUGUGCUGCUCUGGUUCACCAGAAGCGGUUUAGUCAUGCUGGCCACAUGACCCGGAAGCUGUAUGCCGGCUCCCUUGGCCAAUAAAGCGAGAUGAGCGCCACAACCCCAGAGUCGCCCACAACUGGACCUAACGCUCAGGGGUCCCUUUACCUUUAUCUUUACCUUUAAGGAUGGAGUGGAAGAUGGGAGGUGGAGAUGGAGAAAAGAGAUAGAGAAACUCCCACACAAGAUGUUAAUGCCUCUCUUCCUCUUUCCUUUUGCAGCUCACCAGAGCAGGGUUUUGAUGGUUCUGUUUGUUCUGGAGAUGGAAUGGAUCCUGAGCAUAGGACAGGAUAAGCAUUUCACAUGGCAUUGCUCAGAAAGUGGGCAGCGACUUGGCAGUUACCGCAUUAGUGCAGGUGCCUGUGGACUCCAGUAUCCUUUACAGUAAUUGUGGCAUCUCUCAUUUGCCUUUUUUUUGGCUGUGUGUGUGUGUGUUGCUUUAAUUCUUAAGGAUUUAAAAGAGCUUUCAGAGUUUACGUUUUCAUAACCUUCUUGUUCACCAAAAAUGGUGAGCAUAGAAUUUGUAAAAGUGACUUUGCUUCCAAAAAGAGCUGCCGAAAGUAAACUGAGCCUAGCAGCAGGUCACAACAUAUAAGCAGUAUAAAUGGCAAAUAAUUUUAUCUUGUGCCAUUAGGGGAAUCCAAAACUUUUCUUAAAUAACCUUUUUUUCUCAAAAAGCAAUCCUUUAACCACUUUCCAAGUUAUUAAUUUCAAGUCAGCUUUAACAUCUCAGGGAAACAAAAACCGUAACUUGAAUUAGGGAUGCAAAUCUGGGCAGCAAGAUUUCAUGUUUGUGGUUGGUUGUGGUUAAUUAACAUUCUGAGGUUUAAGCGCUGACUUACACUACCAUUUGUGGUUUGUGUGUUGCUUGCUUCUGGGGUUAACUAGUGGAAAUGUGUACAUGUGUGCAUUUGAAUGAAUGAAUGCCUCCGAUAGUGUGUUCUGUAAAGACAAACGUUAUUACCAAGGCAGAAAUUUUUUGGUGCCACAUAGAAAAUGAAUUUGCUGUCACUGAAAAACAUGAAUAGAUCCAUAGCAUAGUAGUCCUUUCCCCUCAUGCAUGAGACUUAAAGCUUCCAUUGCCCAGGUAUUUUCUGGCAUGCACAGACACAUAAUGAAAAGCAUCCCUUUCCAGGGACCACGAUCUUGUUGAGGUUGAGCGAUGGAAGCCAGACUGUGAGUUGUGAGCAUGUGCUGUGUGUUGCUGUGCUCAAGUGCUUGCCAGAUGAGUUGUACAGAUGUUCCCUCUUGCCCAGCAGCCCUGAGGUGCAACCGUAGUCCUUUGGGGAUUGCUGUGCAAAGUCAUUCAAAAAGCACCACACACACUUUUAAAGAGUUGGAACUUUGUUAGAUUCCUGAGUGCUUCCUCGCCAGAUUUGAUAUGGAGACCCGGCAUGUUUUUAUCGGCGAUCAUUCUGGGCAAGUGACCAUCCUGAAACUGGAGCAAGAAAACAGCAACCUGAUCACAACUUUUAGGGGACAUACAGGUAUGACUCGGUGCAUGUUUAGUCCCCUGGGAUUGCUAUGUAUGAAUACUAAUGGGGAACGCCAUGCAAGUGGUGAGGAAACUGCCUCUUAGCUAUGGGCAGCGGGGUAGCUAGCUGCUCAGGCACCUGAGGAGGCUUGUGUGCCCUGUGCCAGGGUGAGCCACCCAUGGGGUCCGCUGCUGCCUCCCCCUCAGCUGUGCAAGACCCAUGCUGCCGUUUCGGGCAGCUCAGAGCCUGCAGGUGCCCGAGCCACCGCGUCACUCCCAGGAGAGAUGCAUGGCUCAGGCACACUGCAGGCAAAGCCCCACGAUAAGUGCCACCCCCGUGGUGUGGUGCCUUGUGUGUUCCCCCCACGCUAUGCCUCAGGCUGUGGGAGUUGCUUCAAUCUUCGCAAUACGUUUUUUCUUGCUGUUGCGGAUGCUUGAAAUUUAUUGAAGGUUUACAGGGCCAUACAGCUUGAGCAGCAUUUUGUAAAUGCAGAGAGGUCCAACGAAACGUUAGUUCAAUAAGUUUCAGAGUUCGCAAAGCACAAGUGGUAGUUCACAAAGCUGUACUGUCACCGAGGGAUUGCACAGCAGCUUUCGCAUGCAAAAGACAUCCAUUGGUUUGACAGCUGUGCUACAUAAAGAGCAGGUCUGCUCAAAGAGAGGCUGCACACAAGCAGGCUGCCCCAGUUUGAUGACAGUACAGAUAGAGUAGUGCAUUAUUCUAACUGAUGCUGGAAGCUCAGGCUUGUCAUAAUUGGGUGAGAAAAGUGAAGUUCAGGAAAAGGAGGAAUUCCUCAUCAGUACCCCAGGUUAGUGUAAGCCUGUGCAUGUCUAUCAUCUGUAGGGUUAAUGCUGCCAGUCCAGUUCCCAGGCUCUUAAAAGAUUUAAAGCAAAUGCAGACAAAUCCUUAACUACUUGAUGAUGAUCUGGCAGUUUACAUAAGCUGCUGUAUUUCAAUAGUAAAAAUCCUCCCUUUUCCCCCCUUCCCCUCUUCCCUGUCCUAAUAUUUCCAGGUGGAAUCACUGCCCUCUGUUGGGAUCCUGUGCAACGUGUCUUGUUCUCCGGCAGUUCUGAUCAUUCCAUUAUUAUGUGGGACAUCGGAGGAAGAAAAGGAACAGCCAUCGAACUGCAAGGACACAAGUACAAUGCGCUGAUCAAAUGCUUUGCCCUUCCAGAUAUAUCUCGCCCACAGAACCUGCCUGCUUUUAUUCAGGCAGAUAUCUCUCACUCAGAAUUGUGGAUAUAAUGAAGUUUUCAGAAUAAAAUUCAGGAACCUUCAAAUCAGCCCACACGCUCUAAAAAAACUGGUUUCUAGCAAGUAAAGUAUAAAGUAAAGGUAAAGGGACCCCUGACCAUUAGGUCCAGUCGUGACCGACUCUGGGGUUGUGGCGCUCAUCUCGCUUUAUUGGCCGAGGGAGCCAGCGUACUGCUUCCGGGUCAUGUGGCCAGCAUGACUAAGCCGCUUCUGGCGAACCAGAGCAGCGCACGGAAAUGCCAUUUAUCUUCCCUCUGGAGCGGUACCUAUUUAUCUACUUGCACUUUGACGUGCUUUCGAACUGCGAGGUUGGCAGGAGCAGGGACCGAGUAACGGGAGCUCACCCCGUCACGGGGAUUCGAACCGCCGACCUUCUGAUCGGCAAGUCCUAGGCACUGUGGUUUAACCCACAGCGCCACCCGUGUCCCUCCAAAGUAUAAAGUAGGGAUGGCUAAUCUGUGACACUCCAGAAGGUGUUGGAUCACAACGCCUAUUGUCCCUGGGCGUUGAGCAUACUCACUGGUGCUGAUGGGAGUUGGAGCUACAGGUUUCCCAUCCCCCUGGAGUAAAGAGCCAAUUAAAAACACUCCUAGCAACUACUACUGCUACUCUUUGCAUCCUCUUGGCCUUUCUCACACUGUGGCUGAUUUUGUUCUGAUUGACAGGCAACCUGGCUAUCCCAAAAACAAACUUCACACACACGUUGAGUAGGGUUGGGUGAAUCUCAGUUUUGGUAUCUCAGCUUCUCAUUUCUUGUGGAAUUCACACCAUCUACACAUCAUUCUGCAAUUCUUAAAAAGUUUGCAGGAACACUUAACUUUGUAUGACAUUUUGUCUAACGUACACAAUUUUGCAAGCACUUUCCCUUGCAAUUUUGCAAGCACUUUUGGGUGGAUUACUGCAUUGCGAAAAUUUGGAGUGAGAAUUUUGAAUUACAAUGUGAACCCAUCUAAUUUAUUAUUAGUAUAAUUCACGCUUCCAGAACUGACACGUGAACCCAAGUGCAGAUAGCCUUCAGAAUUCUCACUCCUCCAAAUUUUAAACCAACCUGAGGUGCAAUGGGUUGCAGUGCAUUCCAUUUAACUCUGAAUAGAGGGCGGGGUUUAGAUCAGUGCUGAAACUCGCUGGAUGAUUGAGUUAGCAGCUCAGCCUGAUUUAUGCAGUUUUCUCUUCACAACAAUCCUUUGAGAACCCCACAUGAGAGUCCUUAUAGAUACCAUUCUGAGCUUCCUCACAGGAUGUGAUGCCAGUAUCAAAGUACAUAUUUGAUGCACCUGAAGGCUAAGUCAGGCGUCUCACUGAAGGAAUUUGUUUUUUAAAUAAGGGGAGUAGGAUUAGAUGCAAGAUCCAGGCCCUUAAAUGUUUGCUUCUGGAUGGCAGGAGGACCUCCAGAACAACACACCGGGGCGGGAGUACAGAAAUAGACAACUUAUGUUUGGGUGUACAAUUGCUUGCAGCUGAAAUUGUUGCUCCUCACAAAUGGUGCCAUAGUUUGUUCUGUUUGCUUAAUUUUGCCAUGCUUUUGUUUCAUCUGCACAACUGGGCUUUCUGCGCUGCAGAAUUCUGACCCAUUCCAAGCAUAUGAAUGUGUUUCUUUGACACAGAGGGAAAUUGGCAUGUUCAAAUUGCUGUUUCCUAUUCAUCAAUUGUCUUCUAACUUGUAUUUUUUGUAUAUUUACUGCAGCGAUAAAGUUCAGUCACUCUUCUAUGCCCAUCACACACGGCAGCUUAUCUCUUGUGGAGCAGAUGGAGGAAUCGUUGUCUGGAAUAUGGAUGUUGAGAGGCAGGAGGUGCAUACUCAGUUCUUCUCCUUUAUCUGGUCAGGGAAAUGACAGCUUUUUCAGUAUUGAAUAUUUUUAAGAGUACACUGAAGGCCAGUUUUCCCAAACGUCUCUCUUUGAACUUGAUCACAACUUGGGUUCAUAGAGCUCUUUUUUCUGUUGGGUACAUCUGUUUAUCCACUAAUAUUUUCAGCAUUAAAUGGGCACUACUUAAGGGUUGUAGGUGUGACACAUUGCGCAGGGAGGGAUGUAUGUUUUUGUAGACAUCUUCUGAAUAUGGCGGGCUCAUUUUAGUGAUUAUGGCUAAUACCUGCAGAUACACCCAUCCUCCCUAAAUGUAUCUAAUCCCCUUAUAAAUUCAUGCAAGCCGGUAGCCCACAUCACAUCUUGGGGCAUCAAAUUUCAAAAGUUAAUUAUCAGGUCAGUGAAGAAGUGCUUACCUGCUUUGCAUCUAUUGCCAAUCACAGAAUUUUUAUAGUUGGAAGAGACCAUGGGGGUCAUCUAGUCCAGCCCCCUGCAGUGCAGGAAUUUCACCCAACAAGGGACUUGAACCCACAACCAUGAGUUUAAGAGUCUCAUGCUCUACCGACAGCACGUUGGGUAAUCCCAAAAUUUAGUAGUAUGAGAGGAAGAAAGUUGUAUCUCAGGAUCAUGCCUAACUUUUACAAAUCCCUCUGUUGCUGCACUCAAUUGAUUUUGAACAAAAGGCCUUGUGGGUCAGUUAGCGUCUUAAACAUAGGCAGUUCUAGGAAUUUGUACAUAUUUCUUCCUAGGAGUGAGUUUCUUUGUAGAAUGCCUUUUCUAUUACAGACAUGAAUUUCCAGUCUAGAAACAUUAAAUCCAGUUACUUUUAAGAAUUUCUCUGUUGUUAUUAUAGUAUUGCCUGAUACAGAUUUGUAGACGACCUUUCUGCUCAGCUAUGUUUUGAACCUGGGGUGGGGCAAGUUGUAAGCAGUAUUUAACUGGGUUAAACAAGCUUGCUUUAAACAAAGGCUAAAGCCAGUAAUUGGAAAAUGGCUCUUUCAUCUAAAAAAUGUCAGCUGUGUAUUUAUUUCCAAAAUUUGUAUCCUGCACUUAGACCGAUCCAUGGUGGCAUACACUAACAAGAAGAGGCAAUAAAACUAAAAAGAACCUCCUAUAUUCAAAAAACAGAUCACAGAUGAAUCAAAAUCCCCAAACAGUCUUAACCUGGUGCUGGCUUGAUCUGCAGAUCCAUUUCUGGGAAUAUUAAGUCCCCACUGGGUUUCUAACAAUAGAUCACGUUCCUUGUUUUGAAAAAGCAGGUGGAAAAGGCUCUUAACUAUCAGCUACAGGCUAGUUUCCAACCUGUGGAAAGUUCUGCUGCUGUAGUUAGAAAAACAAAGGUUUUGUUUUGCCUCACACAAACGGCAAGUUUCUGUUUUGCCCUGAAUAACUUCCCUGCUGAGUUGUACAUGUCAUUCCAGUCUUGCACCAUUAAGGAUGGCUGAACUAGUUCCUGUUGGACAGGACAAUGCUUUGCAGGGCAUUGAAGUCACGGUCUAUAAUCCUAGACAUACACAGUCACUGGACUGGAAUGACUACUUCUGUUAAAUUUUAAUUCGAUCUGUAUGGAAUCCGUCUCUUGGAAUAGAACUUGGAUUUUUUUUAUUAAAAAAAAUCUGUGCCUAUUUUUCAAAGCCGUGUCUCACGAUUAUAGAGAUGCACUUGGUAAUGAACAGAUGGCGCUUGAAUCCAGUGUCCAGGUGUAGAUUUUCUGUCCCGUGUGUCCCUAUAUCUCAGGGGUGGGGAAAACCUUCAUCUUGAAGGCUGCGUCCCCUUAUAAGCAACCUCUGGAGGGCCAGAAGUAAAAAUGGGUGCGACCAGAAGUAAGAGUGGAUGGAGCAACAGACCUGUUCGGUGUGCUACCUUCCAACCCCACGUCAGAGGUUUCUGCCUCUAUAUGUACGUACCUGUGUAUACAGUCCCUGUAUUCAAUUUCCACCCAGGUGAGCAGGAGACAUUUCCGCAGUUAAAGUACACAGUCCAUCCUGAGGAAAGCGCUUAUGGAGGGCACAGAGCAGAUAUGCUGAAGGAUACAGCCAGGAGAGAGGGGAUAUGGCCUGAGCAGUAUUCCUCAGAUAUAAGGUCAGAUAGUGAGUGGCCAGGAUACCACAUUCAGCCCCCAGGCUUGAAAUUUUCCCCACCCCUGACAGUGGGAUUCUCUUAGCCUUCUACUUUAUAAGACUGAUAGUCAACUUGAAAUGGGCUUACAGAUGGGUCAGGCUGUCAGCAAGCAAAGAUUCUGAUGUAAAAGAUCAGCUAUUCUGCAAAGAUGUGUUGAACCAGGGCAUGGGGAGCUGGUCCAGUUUCUAUCCAAAUUUAAGGCGUUUUCCUUUUAGGCAGUAGACGGAGGAAACCAGUGUCUCUGUAUACUCUCAUUUCAUGCGUAGACUGACCAAAUGGAGGAGGAAGCAGUACUGUGGUCAGUGGCCCCAUCCCUGAUCCCAAGCAGGUCAUGCAAAAGGGCAGAAUGGGUCCUAUAGGCAUAACAUCUAUAUAUACAUGACUGGGAACUUUGACAUACGCUGGUUUUCCAGUGUACACAAGUGAGACCCUGUAUAGCUACACGUGUACACAUGCAGCCCAUUCUUAUUGCCAGCUGAACAUGCAGUCAGCAGGGACUGGAUCAGCUAAUGAAGUGGUCCUCCCUCUUUGCUUUCAAUGUGAAAAUGAAUUGAAGGUGAGAAUGGGGCUUAGGAUUUCAAAGGGUUUCUUUUUGUUGGCACUCUGGCUCUUAACCAGGUUUGAGUUUAUUAAAAGUGGCCUUUUGUGAAGCUGAGAGUGUCUCAUUCUGAUGGGAAACCCGCUUUUCAGGAUCAGGGACUCUUCUUGAGAGUUGCUUAUAAUUAAAUGUAUUAUCCUGGCAAAAGAGAUGUUUGCUGGUUAAGAGUAAUGUGUGGGGUAAAAAGUCACUUGACAGAAGAGAAAUUACAGGUUGGAAAGGAAAUGCUUAAUGCUUUCCCUGCUACCAGUCCUUCGCCAAGCCAGUUUUUCUCUUGUUAGCUUAUGUUCUGUUCUCAGAGCAUGCUGGGGGAAGGUUUCAUGGAGAAAUGGACAAGGAAUGCAAAGCAUUAAAAUAUCCUUUCCUGCCCACUAGUGCUCCCCUGUCAUUAGUAAUCACAGUGUUGGGAAACCAUGUUUGCCCUGUAACGUCUUGCCUAUCAGGCCGUGCAGGUAAACUCUGCAAAAUAAGAAAAUAUGUAUAAAAUUUGCUAACUUGCAUGAAGUACUUUAAUGUGGAAAUUUAUUGGCUGCUCGGUAGAAGAAGCCCCAGAGUGGAGUGUUAGCUUGGACGUCGUUAAGAGGCCCUAAUCCUGUUACAGUUUUGAUCUGUAUAUAGAAUCCUCUUGCAGCUGGACUUGAUGCUUUUCCCCUUCAUUCUUGCAUUAGACGCCUGAAUGGCUGGAUAGCGACUCUUGUCAAAAGUGUGAUCAGCCGUUCUUCUGGAACUUCAAACAAAUGUGGGAUUGCAAGAAAAUAGGCCUUAGGCAGGUAUGUGGUAUGCUGCUGCUUAAAUAAUUGAAGGCACACUCCUGUUUUCACUUGAUCAAUGUCCUGUCUGCAUUAAAUAGUGAACUCAUUCACCUAAUGUGGAUCCUUAUAUAGCCCAAACAGCCAAGAUGAGAGUAUCACUAGGCUUGAGUGAAAUCCAAGGUUUGCAAAAAAGAAGCCUAUGGAAAUGAAUCUGUACAAAUUAGUUAAAAUGGGACUGGUGUAGAUAAGGACCUUUCCCACUGAAAUAAUGUAGUAUUUUCAAACCCAGGUGUUUGUGGUGGAUUUCUCAGUUCCUCCAUGUUAGGGCCAGCCCAAGAUAUAUUGGCACCUAAGGUGAACCACAAAAUGGUGCCCCUCUUCCCUGGUGGAUUAAGAUCUUCAUUGGGAUCUGCUGCCGCUGUGGAUCCUGAGUUGGUUGCCCCACUUUGCCUCAUGGCCCUGCUCCCUGUACAUAAAAUAUGGAUGUCAUCAAGAAGGGGGUAUCAGGGGGAUAAUAGAAUACCUUGCCCUUUGAAGAAAAUAGUGUGGGCUUUGUUCAGCUGUGUGGGGAGCUGCUGGGGAAAGGUGAAAUAAUCCAUUGUUCAAACUUACACACGUUUUAUUUGCCUUCUGAUCAUGUUACUUAGCAUGCAAGCCUGUAGGUAAACUUAUUAUCAAUGUAUUAUUACCACCUGUCAGGGGUUCAGGGAGAGAGGCACAGGGUAGGCAGGAGAUGGAGAGCGAUGGGGAGGAAUUCCAAGCCAGCGAGGAAGAGGAUGACAAUGACUCAAGAGAUUCCAUGAGUCUUUCCAGUGAAUCAGAGGAUUCCCAGAAGGGGGCGCCGGUAGUCAAGGCCAGGGGAGCCCCAGGGGGGAAGUGUCAGGAGCAGGGUGCCAGCGGAGGAUCCCAAAGUGGCAGCUGGGCGUCAGGACCAGCCUCCCCACCAGAGUGCAGCGAAGGGGGUGGAGUUUCCAGUGUGUCUGAGGAAGCAGCUCCAGCAGCAGAGAAAGGAGGGGGGUCAGAGCAAGCCGCCCUCCCGGAAGGAGGAGCAGUGAAGGGAGUAGUGUAACUGUCAAAAGGAAAGUUAGAGGUUUGGCGCGCGCGCCUGGUUCAAAUGUAGAGGCGCGCGGAAGUGCAGGGAGCCCGGAGGAGGGGCCAGGUCCCAAAGCCCGCAGGAGGGGGAAGAGCAGUCUGGGGAUUCCGCGUCAGAGGAAUCCAGGAGGGCGAAGCCCCAGUGGGCAGAAGGACCCUGCGGAAAAGGAAGGAGAGAAAGAGGUGGAGCAGCGCAAGUCUCUUAAAUUGGUGCAGGGGAGGAACUGACUCAGAGGGGACUUCGGCGGUCUAGCGUAAGAGACGUAAGGCUGCGCGCCUAGGAUGUCAAGCAAACCGUGAACUGCAAUAAACACUUUUGUAUAUAAGAAGACAGAGGCGUUGGUCUUUUGUGAGCUAAGACUUGAGGCAGCCUUGACACCACCAAUAAUGAAUUGUUUGUUAGGGUUGAAGCAUUCAAAUAAAUGAGAAGGCUGCAGUUAUAAGUCAAAUGUGAUUGUCAUAAUUGGAAGGUUUUGGGAACUGUUUUGCCACAGAUUUUCAUUUUGCUGUGUCUGGCUUUCAAGGGCACUUGAUCCUAUGUUGAGAUGGGAUAUUUCAGAGUCUAGAAAAAAAUUAGUUUUCUUUUUUAAGGCAAGCGAUGUCUCUUACAGAAAUAGUGGCUUUAUGUUAUGAAAUGCUGGUCUAGAUAAGAGUUGGAGCUAUAAACAGUUUCACCUUUUUCCUCCUCUCCAGAAUAGGUUGCUAAUUCUUGAUCCGGAUUGACAAAUCUUACAAAAUACCCUUGUAACUCCCUUUUGUAGGAUAAGCUAUAACAUGUAAACAAAUACGUCUGGCCUUGUUCUUUCAUCUCGUCCAAGUGGUGCUUCGCUGUGUUUUUAAUUUCAGCAUCAUUGCCGGAAGUGCGGGAAAGCAGUAUGUGGCAAGUGCAGUUCAAAGCGCUCUUCCAUACCACUGAUGGGGUUCGAAUUUGAUGUGAGAGUCUGUGAUAGUUGUUACGAAUCAAUAACAGAUGAGGAGUAAGUAGCAGUCCCUGGUCCUCUCCCCUCCUUCCUUGUUGUCUACUUAUCCUGCCUUCCACCCAUCCAUGACAAAACAUUCCAGUUUCUGUGGGAAACUGAUAUUGCAACAGACUAAUUGUUGGUAAUUUUCAACUCCAAGCCUUAAGAAUUAUGUGUCCAUAGUGAUGCUCCCUCAGAGCAACACAGACAUGAGAAAUCAACUUACUAAUAGAUUCCACCACCCUUUCUAAAGCAGAGCUUCUGUUUCACUCAUUGUUUUCUUUUCCCUCAGGCGUGCUCCCACGGCCACUUUCCAUGACAGCAAACACAAUGUCGUCCAUGUACACUUUGAUGCAACACGAGGGUGGCUCCUGACAUCUGGGACAGACAAAGUUAUUAAGGUAAGUAUUGCCUGGUGGGAUUUAUAGGUAUGCCCCCUAUAUCACAAGGCAGAGUUACCUUUUUUUUGCUAUUUAUAGUUUCAAGGGCCCUGUGACAGGUCAGAGCUCACCCACUGAGCUUCAUGACUGAGUGGGGAUUUUUCAACCCUGAUCUCCUGGUUCCUAGUACAACACUAACCACUAUACCACACUGGCUUCUUACAGUACUUCUGCUAUGGGGCAGCUAUUUAAAUUAAGUAAAAGCAAAGGGACCCCUGACCGUUAAGUCCAGUCGCGGACGACCCUGGGGUUGCAGCUCAUCUUGCUUUAUUGGCUGAGGGAGCCGAUGUUUGUCCGCAGACAGUUUUUCUGGGUCAUUUGGCCAGCAUGACAACUAAGCUGCUUCUGGCAAAACCAGAGCAGCGCACGGAAACACCUUCCUGCCAGAGCAGUACCUAUUUAUCUACUUGAACUUUGACGUGCUUUCGAACUGCUAGGUUGGCAGCAGCAGGGACCGAGCAACGGGAGCUCACCCCGUCGCGGAGCGACCUUCUGAUCGGCAAGCCCUAUGCUCUGUGGUUUAGACCACAGCGCCACCCACGUCCCUAAAUUAAGUAGUUAAAUACAUAUGGGGAAGGUAAAAUGUCACUUAGAGAAAGAUCUUUUAUUUUCCUUGAAGUUUGAGUUUGUUUUAUUCUGGAUUGCUUUACUUGAUGUUUUAAUGUGAGAUUUUUAUUUAAAAUAUAAAAUGGUAUAAAAAUGAAAUGAGUAAUUCCAUUUCGGGGGGAAAUGGUGCCUAGACAUUCCGUUGUGGUGACUACAGCCUAGGUUUAAGGUGGCAUUUGGCAAUUAGCUUAUAUAUCUGAGUUUCUAUCACUUUUGUGAAGAGGCCAUGCCACCCUACUUUGGGUUUAUCUGUCCCUCAUUGGGUUCUACCUUGUCUGCUGUCGACUUAUUAGAACUAUCCACAAAUAAUUCAGUAAAUCACACCUGAAUCUCUUCUCACUGUCCACAUUUGUAUCUUUUUAACAGUUGUGGGAUAUGACACCCGUAGUAUCUUGAUGCAUCGGUGAAACACAAAGCAGCAUUACUGAAGAAGGGAUUCUUAAUGUACUGCAGAAGAUGAAGCAAGCUGUGUGGCGACUGUUAACUUCCGGAUGGUUUUUCAAGUGACGUACUAGAUCCAGGGUGAACACUUGCACCAAACACUCUACUUCUUUGUUCUCAAAAUGCAAGAAAUAUUUUUUUAAACUUAACAACUAUACAAUCUGGCUCUGCUCAGCCGUUUGGAACUUGUCUGGGGAGUCUGUGUGCGGUGCGGUUUGUGUUUCAUGUUCUCUGUCGACUUGUGCCGUUUGGCGUGGAGGAAUUUUUGCAAAUGUGAGUAGCAUUCUGCAAUAUUAGGUUGGAGAGGCUGAAUCUGCUCUUAGGGGCUAAAAGAAAAGCAAAGGAUUCCUCUUUCCAUCUUUCCCAGCAGAGUCAUUGAGCAAGAACCUUAACAGUAAAGGUCGUCUUUGCAACGACAUUCUAGCAAAUGGUACUGUGGGUUGUGAGGGGGAGAAAAAGUUAGACAACGUCCAGUCUUUUUCAUUGCAUAGCCAAGAGAAAUGCUUGUUUAGCAACAGAUUCUAAAGUUGCUAAUCUAUUUUUCAGGCUUGACCCAUGAGCAUAGAAACCAGUUCAAACUGAGGGCUGCAUAAAAUAGUUUUAUGCAAUUGCCAUACCUUGUCAGUGUGGAAAUAUUCUUGUUUAGCUGGACCAGUGAUACCUGAACAUUUUUUUUAGAAGGCAGGGUGAGAAUUAUGCUAGUGUUACUGGGCAUGGUUUGAAACUAACUAUUCCAUUCCUGUCAUCUGUCUGGCAGGAUGUGUUUUUAAAAUUGCUGAUAACUGUGAUUUGUUUCUAAUUCUCAAUGUUGCCUCCCUCCCCAAAUUAAUGUGGUUUAAUUUCAUAUUUUGUUUUGCUGCCUUUUUCAAAAAGUAAAUUGCUGAAAUAAAAACUUCCUUUCAUAGCA